GCCCGUCAAAAAUACAGCGGGCUCCUCUCUCCUCUCUUCUACACGUGUGCACUCCCUCUUGUUUGCAACCGCGGGGAAGAGAUGUCGCGACGUUACGACACAAGGACUACUAUAUUCUCCCCAGAAGGUCGACUGUACCAGGUGGAGUAUGCGAUAGAGGCCAUCAACCACGCGGGGACGUGUCUGGGUAUACUGGCUUCUGACGGAGUCCUGCUUGCGGCUGAAAGAAAGAACAUCAACAAGCUCCUGGACGAUGUCGUCUUCUCUGAAAAGAUUUACAAACUUGACGAGAAUGUGGCGUGCAGUGUGGCUGGAAUCACAUCCGAUGCAAACAUCCUCACUAGCCACCUGCGCGGCAUGGCUCAGCAGUAUCGCUACCGCUACCAGGAACCUAUGCCCUGUGAGCAGCUGGUCAUGAGGCUGUGUGACUACAAACAGGCCUACACACAGUUCGGAGGCUUGCGUCCGUUUGGAGUGUCCAUCCUGUACAUGGGGUGGGACCCUCAUUUUGGUUUCCAGCUGUACCAGAGCGAUCCUAGUGGUAACUAUGGCGGCUGGAAGGCCACCUGCAUUGGCAGCAACCACCAGGCAGCCAUUUCUCUGCUGAAACAAGAGUACAAAGAAGAUCCUCCGACGCUAGACGAAGCGCUCGACCUGGCGGUAAAAGUCCUCUACAAGACCUUGGAUAGCACAAAGUUCACCUCUGAGAAAGUUGAGAUUGCGACUCUGACAAGAGUAGGCGAGGGAGAAGGAGGGAGAACAAAGAUUGCGGUGUUGCCUGGUGCUGAUGUGGACGCCAGAAUCAAGGUCUUCUUCAAGAGAGAGGAGGAGAGGAAGAAAGAGGAGAAGGCGAAGGAGGCAGAGAGGGCCAAAGCAGCUGCCGCAGCCUCAAAGACAACCGCUUCAUGAACACAUAUACCCGAUAAAAUUUUACACGUUUCCCCGAAAAUUUACGAGCGGUAUUCUAUAUGGUGCGCACCUUGCACGUGUAUUAGCGGAGAAGAAAUGAGCCGUGUUCGGCCGUUGGUGUUGUGGAGGGUGAUGGGUCACGUCUGGAGAGGUCCAUUGGCUCAGGGAGAUGUUCCUCUGCUAAGUGCAGGGUAUUAUAAUAAGCGGCCCCUCCGCACUCAACCCGGCCUGCAGCAUCUGUCGCGGCACGCGAGGGGAGUAAAGGUGUGGGAAGAGGCCUUGCAGAGCAAAGCAGGAGAGGAUUUCCAGCUCACCACUGUGUGUGAAUCAAUGAUUGAUAAUCUUCAAGUAAAUCGGUACACCAAGUCAAGCAAUAUGACAAAGAUUUUUGAUUGUGUUACCACAGCUGAAGAGUUGAGAGUGGCUUUGAAGGCUCUCGCCAGCUUCAGGCGGAGUCUGAGUCGACCGACGCCUGCUCUCCCUCUGGUGGUCGUUAGGGCGUGUCUGAGGGCGGGGUCUCCGCAUGAGGCUCUCAGACUCAUCAGGAACAAGGUGUCGUACGGACUGUUUCCUUCGCGGAGAGUGUUCCACGUACUGAUGGACGGCUUUAUCAGAGACGGAGAUGGAGCUGGAGCUGUCUCGGUGUACAGUCAGAUGCUGGACGACGAGGUGCUUCCACAUGGAAUGACCUUUCACCUCGCCUCCAGAGCGCACGCCAUGCUGGGUACGUCGGAGGCCCUGGAGAAGGCGGAGUCUCUCUCCCAGCAGUGUCAAGAAAUGGAACCAAAACUCGGCAGCAAAUCCUUCGUGAUUUUAGUCAAAGCUCUUCUCUCCCAGAAUAAGGGGAGAGAAGCUCUCUCACUUCUUGGCAGACUUGAACAAGACCAGCUCCUUUUUCCACAGACUCAGUUGAAUUUGAUGACACACGUGUUGGUGGAGAUCGGCGAACUGGGCAGAGUACUGGACGUCCUGAGAGAGAAACUGUGUGUCCCGUCCGACGAUGGGCCGGGCCUGCCUUUGGAGGCGUGGCCACAGCUCCAGGCUGCAAUCCAGUCCAGUUCUGACAUGGAACUCAGACAGAAACUUGAGAAUCUUGAGAAAGACUUGGAAAAUGUCAGAAAAAUUCCUUCACAGCAAUAGCACAAUGUUGUAUUACACAAAAUACAGUCUUACUCGUCAUCAUACAAAAUUUCACAGAACAUCACAUCAAAAAAAUUGUAUAUACAGAGAUGUAAAAAAAACACUGUUGGUGAAAAUUGAGGGAAAAGUGAAAAUUCACAAAACAAAAAUA